AUGGCGGCCGCCGGGUCAGGUCCGGGUUCCGACCCCGCCGCGGGCGCCCGGUUCUUCUGCACCGCGGGCCGCGGCCUGGAGCCGUUCCUGAUGCGGGAGGUGCGCGCGCGGCUGGAGGCCACGCAGACAUCUCAUCUGCCUGGAGCUGGAGUUACAGGUGGCUGUGAGCUGCCCAGCAUGCGUGCUAGGACCCGAACAUGCGUCCUCUACAAGAAUAAUGCCUGGUCUUAACCAGUGAAUCCACUGAUGUUUUCAAGUCAUGUAGCUACAAAAUGAUACUCAGAUUCUGAAAUCAAGUCAGCCGUGUGCCCAGAUACAGUGCUGCCCUGGGAUUUGUGUUGUACUUGGCGAGCUUAGUGUGGGAAUGACAAGGUUGAAUAUAUUUCAGGAAAAGUAUUUUUCACCACCUGUUCAGAUUUGAGCUUGAUGAAGAAGUUGAAGUCAGCAGAGAGACUGUUUCUGUUGAUGAAGAAGCGGCCUCCAGUUGCAGUUUCUCCCCUGGACAAAGGAAAAAUACUUAAUGAAAUGCAGAGACUUAUAAAUGAUGAUCCAGGAAGUUGGCGGAAGGCCAUUUCACUUUGGAAAAAACUUCUCGAACUUGAUACAAAAAGAGAAAAUUUUCCUCAAAAGGAUGCUAACCCACUAAAACGAAAAGCAGGAGAAAAUGAAAUUAUCGCUGCUAAGAAAUUAAAGCUAGAGGAGACACGGGUGGCUGGCGAGAGUCACAGAGAAGGCCGGCAGGACAGACUACCAGAAGACUCAGCGGAGCAGGGGGAUGCUGUCACUAGGAUGGAUGAACUCCACCAACAGGGACUCCAGAAUACCGUGGAGAAGGCAGGUGGUGCUCAGAACCAGGAGGACUUGACUUUCAGGGUUUCCUGUCGCUGCAGUGGGAAUGUUGGAAAGGCCAUCACUGGACAGGAGGUAGGAAGAGUGAUUGGAAUUGCUCUCAUGAGGCAGUUUGGAUGGAAAGCUGAUUUGAGGAAUCCAAAUUUAGAGAUCUUCGUGCAUCUGAGUGAUGCUUACUCAGUGGUGGGGAUUCCCCUGUUCAGAGUUCCUUUAGCCAGCAGAACUUACAUCCAGACAGCUGGGCUGCGGUCGACCAUAGCAUGGGCCAUGGCAUCUAUUGCGGAAAUUAAGCCUGGAGCGCUGGUUCUAGAUCCAAUGUGUGGCCUUGGGACCAUACUUGUGGAAGCUGCUGAAGAGUGGCCAGAUGUCUGCUACAUAGGUGCUGAUGUCAGUGACUCGCAGUUACUUGGAGCAUGUGGCAAUCUGAAGGCUGCAGGCCUCGCAGACAGGAUUGAGUUACUCAAGGUCUCUGUUACAGAGUUACCGCUCCCGUCACAAAGUGUCGAUGUUAUUAUUUCUGACAUUCCAUUUGGGAAAAAAUUUAAGUUAGGAAAAGACAUCAAAAGCAUUCUACAAGAAAUGGAAAGAGUGCUGCGUGUUGGAGGAGCCGUGGUCUUGUUGCUCAGUGAAGAUCACCACCAGUGUCUUAGAGACUGCGGAGGCAGAAGUAUGCCCCUGACUGCCCAGGGCAAUGUCGCUGACCCUGAGAUGAAGAUGCUUUUGAAUCCUGGCAGAACUGGUGCCCCCGACACAGCAUCGCCUCCGCAUAAAGCCGAUAGCUUACAGUGCCCCAGCAGGAUGUUGCCCUGGGGCUCAUUGGUGCCAGUGGAGUGCUUCAAAGUUAGCCUUGGAAAAACAGAUGCAUUCAUAUGUAAAUAUAAGAAGGCACAUGCCCCCAAACUGUCCCCAGCUGGAUGCCAUGAGCCAGGUGCACAUCCUGAGAUGGCAGCCAUGCAAGAAUCCCGCUCUCUCCAGGAUUCCCUGUAGCCCUCACCAUACCCCAUAGCUUUAAGUGUGUAGGCUCAGCAGGUAGGUGUGGUAGGUUGCCUGCUUUAGUCCCCAGUACUCAGGGGUCUUGACAAAGAACAGCUGGUUAAAAUUUCUGAAGACUUGGUAUAAAAACCUUUCAUCCCAGAAACUGAACUUUUAAAAAUGAAAAAAAGCUUUAUGUGUAAAGAUAUCUAUUAAAUAAUUUUUUUUUUACCUAUAA